AUGACCAUGGGGGAGUUGAAUGAGGACCGGAAAGGUGUCUAUCCUCUUUUUCAGAAAGUCUUAAAGGCAGCCGAAACCAAAUCAGACGAAGUCGACGUCCAGACCCCUCCACAAAUUUCGGAGCUUCCAUCGAGUGCGAAUACCAAGAAGGCAUCUAGUCAGAAGGGUAGGAAACCAAAGCAGGCGGCACCAUCCAAAAAUGGUGGUUCCAUGCCUACUAUGCCCCAAGAGCUUCAAAAUGCCCGGGCAGAACUACUGGAGGUUGACCUAAAUGACGGCAGAAAAAAACGAAGAAAGACAGCGUCGCCUGUGGAUGAGGCGCGAUUUGGAGUGGUUGGGGAUAAUAGCAUUUCAGGCAUUUCAGGGACGAAACACCCCCAAGGGGGGCAAGGGGAAACGCUCCUGGAGGCAAAUGAGAUAGCUGCAGCAACUGAGAGGUCCAAAGUACCAGACAGCCCGCUCAAUCUAGAAAUAGAUUCAAGGCAGAAUAGUGGCGAAGGUUCAACAACGAAUCAUUCGCAAUCAUUAAUAAAGCCACCAACUCAGAGUCAACAGCCAGCUCCACCACCAUCCGUCGAUUCAGGGAACAGUGAACCUCCAGGAACCGCCCACUUACCGGCUACGACUCCUCCCACACCCGAAUCCAAUUCCACAGAUCGACCCUUGGAAAUCAACUCUACAAAGAUAAAUUCUAUCGAAAACAAACCCAAAAAGAUUCUCCGAUGGAACCCAAAAACUGGAACUAUUGGAUCACCCCCACCAAAGAAAUCAUUACCACCUAUUGAAUCGACUUGCAAAACGUCUACCCCAACCGCUGCGGGGCGACGCAAGUCCAGAAUCGUGACCAUCCGCUAUGGCCACGGUUACCGCCUCUCCGUAGGAGUUGGUCUCAGAAUAAAUCAAAUCUUAACCGGUUCGAAACCCGUUUCUCCUUUUCCUGAAAAUCCAGCUACUAUUCCUACCGAUAUUACUCCCGGCCCAGUCAAUGGCCCCGAUCCAGCUCCACCAAAGAAGCCAAAAGCAAUUCAUCCCUUAUUCAUGGGUAAAGCCGCUUCAAAGUCCUCAAAUCUAAAAGACAUCAUUACCACACGAUCCAAAUCCACAGAGGUCACCAGUCCACAGAGAUCUAAAUUUGUGGGAAGGACUAAGUUACAAUCACAGGAGGGGCUGCGACCUCUAUGUACGCCAUCUGAAUUAGCCUUUUCCGGGUUUGGAAAAUCUAAUGGAAUCCUCAAGUUUCCUGGCGCAGUCGAACCAGCUUGGCCCUGGAAGGGCAUGGUCCAUGUUCGUGGGGAUGAAAGCCCCUUCAACCCUAUGCCACCCAAUUCCAGCGACAUGUUACAGCUUCAAUUACGACCUAAGAAGUCGAAAUAUCAAGCUGUUGAGGUUCUAGAACAUGAGGAUGUUAUUGCGGUACUAUCAAAGACUUUAAAUAUCAAUGAUGUCCUCGGGAACAUUCGAAAACUCAAUCCCGAUGAGUUCCCCCCAAGUCCCGCAUGCCUUCGGGUCCCGACCAGGCACUACGAAGGUGGAAGUGCUCUCCAGAGGCGGGUCCGAAAAGAACUCCGCGCAAGAAUCCCCAUUCCCAAACCGGCACAGGACAGUUCAAGCGAGGAAGAACUUCAGCAGAAUGGCGCGACUCAGACGCAAACCCACCCAGCGUUAACCAAGAUUUAUAACUUAAUCGCCACUUCGCUGUCUGCGUUCGACCAGGGACAAUGCGAAACACAGACUUGGACACAAAAGUAUUCCCCUAAUUGUGCGCCGGAGGUCCUACAGAGUGGACGAGAAGCUUUGAUCCUGAAAGACUGGUUGCAAACCUUAACUGUGAAAUCUGUGGAAACGGGAGCUGGAGAUAAAUCCAGAAGUCGUGGUUCAUCCGUUUCGAAGGUUGGACUGAAGCUUGACAAUAAAAAGAGAAAAAGAAAGACCAAAAAGCUUGACGGUUUUGUGGUUUCAAGUGAUGAGGAAGACGAUGACAUGGAUGAGCUCACAGAUGCCGAAGACGAUGUCUCGAGUCUUGGUGGUUCCUCCUUACUUAAGAAAACGGUUAUCAGAGCCGGCGACACAGCUCACAGGGGGAAUAAAGAGCCCCCGAGAUUGAUAAAUGCUGUCGUCGUUAGCGGGCCCCAUGGCUGUGGAAAGUCUGCUUCUAUUUAUGCUGUGGCAAAAGAAUUAGGGUUUGAGAUUUUCGAGAUCAAUUCAGGUAGCCGGCGCAGUGGGAAGGAUAUUCUUGAAAAGGUUGGCGAUAUGACACGCAAUCACCUCGUCCAACAGUCGCAUAGCGAAGUUUCAGUUGACGAUGAGAAUGAGAAUGAACAGGUCGACGAAGCCCUUGCCAGGGAUCUAAAGACUGGCCGACAAGGAACAAUGAAUUCAUUUUUUAAGCCGAAACAGCCCACCAAUUCAAAAACAACAACCCCCAAGCGGACGCAACCCAGUGGGAAGACCAACGGCAAAAGGGAGGAUGUCAUUCCAAAGGCGCCAGCAAAGCAGCAAAAGCAGUCUUUAAUUUUAAUCGAGGAAGCGGAUAUUAUCUUCGAAGAAGACAAGCAAUUUUGGGCGACCAUUUUGUCGCUAGUAGCUCAGUCGAAGCGGCCAAUUAUCAUCACAUGCAAUGAUGAAUCUACCAUACCGCUAUCCUCUUUGUCAUUGCACGCAAUAAUCCGUUUCAACCCUCCCCCUGUUGACCUUGCCGUGGACUACAUGCUGUUGGUUGCUGCCUGUGAAGGCCAUAUUAUUCAACGUAAUGCCGUCACGACUCUGUACGAAAGUCGGAAUCUAGAUCUCCGUGCUUCAUUGAUGGAGUUGAAUCUAUGGUGUCAAUUUGCUGUAGGCGACUGUAAGAGCGGACUGGACUGGUUCUUACCCCGCUGGCCCAAAGGGAACGACAUCAAUGAAGACGGAGAAACCAUUCGUGUUGUUAGCGAAGGGACGUAUGAGACUGGUAUGGGGUGGCUGUCUCAAGAUAACCUUGAAAGCCACGCACACUAUCUCGAUAUUGAAGAGGAGAUGCUCCAUGAAGCCUGGGAUGGGUGGCACCUAGACGCUGGCGACUGGCAGAAAACGAUCCCUGUGGAGUCAUGGGCAGCCAAAACCCAGGAAAUCUCGAAUGAUAAAAGGGAUGAGCGAGCUGCUCUAGAAAUCUACGAUGAAUUCACAGAUGCUAUUAGUGCUGCAGAUCUAUGUUCUGGGAGUGCCUUUGCACCACACUAUCAGAUGCCCAUCGAUGCGACAUUACCCACCUUAUCAACUAAGUUACGAGAGGAUUAUGUUCUCGCUCAUGACCUACUAGAGGCCUCGCCUCUAGUGGACUUCAAACCAGUUACCAAAGAGAUCGCUCUGUGGAUGAAAUCGAGGGCCAGGAAAUACAUGCAGGUCGAUCAGCAUGUCCGUCAUUCUUUAGAGGUUCCCGCCGAGCUGGAUUCGCCAAGUGAAGGCCGUUUAAUCCAGCUUAUAGCAAAACAGGUUUGCAAACCCGAGUCGAGGAUUUGCCGGCGUGACUUUAGCUUAGCAUUCGACCCCAUAUCUGAGCCAGAAAAACCAUCUCUUUCCAGUACAAGCUCUCUGGAAGCAUCAUCCUUUGAUCGGACAAUUACCAUGAUAUCGACGGACUUAGCUCCAUAUGUCCGAUCAAUUGUAUUGUACGACGCUCGUCUACAGCAAGAUCGUGCACGGAUGAGCAACCUACUAAGCGAGGGUGGGAGAAAAGGAAAACGGAUGAGAACAACCCGAGCUGCCAUAUCCGCCCUCGAAGGCGGUGCGAGGAGCACAACUCGGAGGGAUAGAUACUUUGGUUCGAAGUUAAAUCCUCACUUUGUUCUCAAAACUGGCGGGGAAAAUUGGCCGGACGCUGCUUUGGCUGACGAAAAGCCCAAACGACGAGAUGGAAGCCCAAGUAAAGGAAGCGGGGGGUGCCUUGGAAGUGAGCAAAGUAGCAACGAAUAUGAUGAGCUAGGUCAGGAGGACGACAUUAGUACAGAUCAGAAAUCGGGCCAAGGAGUUUAG